CGAUGAUCGCACUGACGGAUAUUGAAAAUUUUCACCGUCGUCGUCUUCGCAACGACUUCACCCCGAUCGAGAGAUAGGAUUGCUUUACUCCAUUUCAUCGUCCCGUUGAAGCUAAACGGUUUCUGUGAGCUUUUCUCUCUCGCGAAAUGGAGUCUCUGUGCUUUCACGACGGCAACAUCACCGACUUGAUCAAUAUCCGCACCCUCGACAUCCGCCAUGACAACGAUCAUAGAUUUCAAAUGCACUCCUCCAUGGUACGGAAGCUGUCUCUUGAAAGGGAAUUAGAGGGGCAUCAAGGCUGCGUCAACACUAUUGCUUGGAAUUCUAGAGGGUCACUUUUGAUUUCUGGAUCUGAUGAUACAAGAAUGAAUAUAUGGAACUAUUUCAACCGUAAGCUACUGCACUCUAUAGAGACUGGUCAUUCAGCAAAUAUAUUCUGCACAAAAUUUGUUCCUGAAACAUCUGAUGAGCUUGUUGUUUCUGGAGCUGGGGACGCUGAAGUUCGGCUUUUCCGCCUGUCUCGCUUACGGGGAAGGAGACUUGAUGAGAAUGUUAUUAGUCCAUCAUCAGUGUAUCACUGUCACACACGUAGGGUAAAAAAAUUAGCGGUUGAGAUUGGAAAUCCAAAUGUCGUUUGGAGUGCAAGUGAAGAUGGAACUUUGAGGCAAUAUGACUUUCGGGAACGUGCUUCUUGCCCUCCCGCGGCUUCUUCUCAUCAAGAAUGCCGUAACAUUCUUCUUGACUUGCGCUGUGGAGCCAAGAAGUCAUUGGCAGAUCCCCCUAAGCAGUUUUUUUCCUUCAAGUCUUGUGAUAUCAGCUCAACUAGGCCUCAUUUGCUUCUUGUUGGUGGGAGUGAUGUUUUUGCACGCUUAUAUGAUAGACGCAUGCUGCCACCGUUGUCCUCUAGUCAGACAAAGUUGGCACCUCCUUCAUGUGUCAAUUACUUUUGUCCAAUGCAUCUUGCUGACCGCGGCCAUUCUAGCUUGCAUCUAACUCAUGUUACAUUUAGUCCCAACGGCGAAGAGGUUCUACUUAGCUACAGUGGGGAGCAUGUGUACCUGAUGGAUGUCAAUCCUACACGAAGUUCUAUGCGAUAUUCUUCCAAUGAUGUAGCUAAGCUUAUGAACUUUAAUGCCGUUGUCAAGGAAGUAGAAUUGCAGUCAUCUGUAACUGGUAUCUUUUUAAAUGGAUCUUUACUAAGAAGCCAUGCAACUGCUAAGCUUGAGAAGUGCAGAAAGUUGAUUCAGACUGCCGAAAACUCGUUGAAAGGAGAAAAUUAUUACUAUGGUAUUGAAGUCUGUAACGAAGUCUUACAUGGUUAUGAGGAUGAAAUAGGACCUACACUUACUUAUGAUUGUCUAUGCAUUCGAGCGGCCUUAUUGCUCAAGAGAAAUUGGAAAAAUGAUGUAUACAUGGCUAUAAGAGAUUGUCAUAAAGCUAGAAAGAUUCAUUCAACUUCAUUUGGGGCACUAAUUUUGAUGGCUGAAGCUUUAUUACAGCUAGGAAAACACAAGGAAGCUAUGGAAUUUGCUAUGGGUGCUCAAUCGAUGGCUCCAGAUGGUACUGAAGCUGCAGAAAAAGUGGAUAGUUUAAAAAGGCUUAUCAAUGCAGAAGUGGAGAAAGCUAAGAAUGAACAUGAUGGACAAUCUAAAUCUGAAAGUGAGGUUGGACAGGUGUUUUCAUUGAGUGACAUACUCUACCACUCAAAUGCAAAUAGCGAUUCUUCACAAGAUGAUGCGAGGUCUGAGAGAGAAGAUUCUGAUGAGGAUCUGGAAUUGGCUUUUGAAACAUCACUAAGUGGGGAUGAAUCACACGAUAAUAUUGAGCCCAAUGUCAUUGAAGGAAGACUGAAUGUGAGGAUUUAUAGGAGAGAUGAUUCAAGUACGGAGACAAGAACAAAUGGUUCACCAUCGUCCGUGAGCCAAGAUGAGAAAUCAUCUUACCAGGUCAUGAUUUUUACGUUAUCAACAUAUACUAAAAUAGAAAAUUAAAAACUUGUUUUGAGAACUUCAAAAAAUGAGGAAUAAAAUA